GAGGCGCCACUGUUAACAUAGUGCGUUACUUUGUGACGUUAUCAGACGUUCACUUCUGCUUAUUCCGUCGAAUUUAAAUGACUUGGACUCGUUCUGAAGUGCAGUAUGGAAUAUUACAAAAACUAUGUUUACACGCUAUUAAAUACGGGCCAAUUCCAAAACAUGUUGCUUUUAUUAUGGAUGGGAAUAGACGUUUUGCUGAUAGUAAAAUGUUAAAGAAGUCUGAUGGCCAUUUACAUGGUUUUACAAAACUCUCUGAGGUACGUCGUUUCUUAAAUUUAAUUAUAUCUAAAUACACUUAUUGAUAUUUUACUCAGACUUUACAAUGGUGUCGUGAUAUUGGCAUUGAAGAAGUAUCAAUAUUUACUUUUAGUAUAGACAAUUUCAAUAGAUCUCAUGAGGAAGUUUCAUUUUUAAUGAAUUUAGCUGAAGAAAAGCUUCAAGAGUUACUAGAUAAUAAAGAUGAAUUGAAAGCAGAUGAUAUAUGUAUUCGUGUUAUUGGCAAUUUAGCGUUACUACCAGCAAAAGUUCAAAGUUUGGCCGCACAAUUAAUGCUUGUUACUAGGAAUCAUUCAAAAUCAAUAUUAAACAUAUGUAUGGCAUAUAAUAGUCGAAAUGAUAUUACACAUGCAAUGGAAAUUGUACGUUUAGGUGUGAAGGAAGGAAAAAUUAUACCUAGUGAUAUAACACGUGAACUAUUAUCAAAAUGUUUAUAUACACGUUUAUCAAAACCAUUAGAUUUAUUAAUUCGUACUUCUGGUGAAAUACGUUUAAGUGAUUUUUUAACUUGGCAAGUAUCAGAUAAUGAUACAAUUUAUAAAUUUAUUAAUAAUUAUUGGCCAGAAUUUACAUGGUGGGAUUUUCUUUCAUCUAUAAUACAUUAUCAAAUGUCAUAUCUACAAUUAUUACCAUUAAUUAAUUCGAAACGAAUGAAUAACAAAUUGAAUGAUAUUAAUAAUACUAAUAAUUCAAUUAACAAUGAUUUACUAUUGAAUAUGAUCCAUUCAAAAGAAUAUGAAGCACAUAAACAACGUGUCAAUUCAUUUUUAGAUUAUUUAGAUCAAACAUUUUGGCAAAAUAUGACCAUUUUAGCUGCUUAGUUUUUAAUGUGAACAAGAUUUCCACUCUUUCUCUCUCUCUCUCUCUUUCUGUGUGUGUGUGUGUGAGAGAGAGAGAGUAUGUAUCUGUGCAAUUCCUCAUAGAAUGAAUUCAUGAUUUCACUCGGCCAUUAAUGUACAAAUGAUUUUAUACUUAUUUACAAUUUAUGUAUUUAAAAAAAGAAGAAGCAAUAUUACGAU